UUGGUCGCAUUAUGUUUCAGCUCUUCUCAGACAUAUGUCCGAAAACAUGUAAAAACUUCCUUUGCCUAUGCUCAGGGGAGAAAGGCCUUGGGAAAACAACUGGAAAGAAGUUAUGUUAUAAAGGUUCUACAUUCCAUCGUGUGGUUAAAAACUUUAUGAUUCAGGGUGGGGACUUCAGUGAAGGUAAUGGAAAAGGUGGAGAAUCCAUUUAUGGUGGAUAUUUUAAAGAGAAUGUGGUCUUUUGCAAAAUGAAAAGGUAAGAGAACAAAGCUCAGUAACACAAACUCCAAUUCUGUUUCCUUGCACCCUUCCUAAUGAAUUUAUGGACAGUCUGAGUCAGGUUAUGUCCGGAUUUCUAUAUUGCUUGAAGACUUGGAAAUUGUUACUUCAUACAUGCAUCUGUAUCUUUUUUCUUUUCCCAACUGGUUAUUAGUUUUACGUGAGGGAAAAGAAUAUAGUUGUGUUCUUUCUCCCAAAAGCACACAAUUUCUUUGAAUAAAAGUUGGUAUUUUCUCCUUUCUCAAACAAAGGUUUGUAUGUUUUCUUUUGUGUACUGGAACUAUAUGAUUGUGUUUUAUUUCUAUAGUAGUAGCAUUUGCAUAAAUCUAACUGUUGCACUUGCCCCAAAAAGCCUUAGAAGAGUCAGUUGCAGAGAUUUAUAAUGGGAUCCAAUAUUACUAGGUUUUGAUACUUAAAAAGCUUCAGUGUUAUAAUAGUCUUUUAUAUUUCCUUUGGGAGAAAAUGGAUUACCACUCUUUUUCAGAAGGCUGUUCCCAAGGUAAUCAUUUUUCAAAGUUUUCUAUGUUUCUGUUUGUUUUAAAGAAAAAUUUGCUUUUAUGAAUAUUAACAGGAAACUUAAGUUAAUUUUAAAGACAUUUUGCUGAAAUUAAAAUAAUCUCCAAGUGAUCUUCAGGCCAGUUUUUCCUUGACCUGGUAGGAAGCAGCUUUUUAGCUGAUUGUAUUAGCAUUUAGCAGUUUGAACUCAGUGUUAUAGCCCACUUUACUGGUGCUGUUCCCUGUGAUACUUUUGUACCUUAAAGUUGUAUUUUGUUCUUUAAAUUUUAUUUUUAUAAAAUUUUCUUCCUUGUUAUCCCCACAGACUGAAUUUAGAUAUACCCAUAAAACCUGCUGUGUUUUCUACUCUCACAGUACAGCUUUCGUUCAGUUGAAUAAUAAAUUUGCCAGUGAACAUGAAGCACAGGAGAAGAAUAUCAGUUUAUCAGACUAAUUGAAAAAUUUUGAGGAAAUAGGCUUUACUACAGGAAUUUUUCUAAAAAUUCCUUCUAGUUUCCUCUGGAAGUUGGUAGUUUAUAUCUCAUUUAACCAAAAAAUGUUACUACUAAAAGUGACUAUUCUAAGGCUGUUUGUACAAAGUAUUAAAUACAUGUUCUUUUCCUCAAGGCUUUAAUUAGUAUCCUUUGGCCUUUUUAUGCUCUUGUUGUUUGAUUAGUUAAAAAGUUUUUUUCUAAAUAUUGUGAAGUAUCUGUACUGACAAGAAGAGAGAUUUCAUCCUUUGCUUUCUAUUUACUACUUAAACAUUACCUUAGAAGUGGUUUAUAAUUGGAAACUGACAAAUUUGUGUUUUCUUCAAACAGAUGAAAACUUUAUUCUCAAACAUGACAGAGCGUUCCUUUUGUCAAUGGCAAAUCGAGGGAAACAUACCAAUGGUUCCCAGUUUUUCAUUACUACAAAGCCUGCUCCACACCUGGAUGGGGUGCAUGUUGUCUUUGGACUGGUUAUCUCUGGUUUUGAAGUAAUCGAACAAAUAGAAAAUCUGAAAACUGAUGCUGCGAGCAGACCUUAUGCAGAUGUGCGAGUUAUUGACUGCGGGGUGCUUGCCACAAAAUCAACGAAAGAUGUUUUUGAGAAAAAAAGGAAGAAACCAAUACAUUCAGAAGACUCAGAUUCCUCUUCCAGUUCCUCUUCCUCUUCAGAAUCAUCUUCAGAAAGUGAAAUUGAACAUGAGAGAAGUAGGAGAAGGAAACGUAAGAGGAGGCCAAAAGCCAAACAUUCUAAAAGGAGGCGAAAGGAAGUCAGCAGUUCGGAAGAGCCAAGGAGUAAACUCUUUGUGAGCCCAAAUGUCCACUCUGAGAGGAGUGACACCAAUGAAAAAAGAGCAGUAGAUUCAAAUGCUAAAAGAGAAAAGCCUGUUGUCCGUCCAGAAGAGAUUCCUCCAGUGCCUGAGAACCGAUUUUUACUGAGAAGAGAUGUGCCUGUUGUCCCAGUGGAGCCCGAGCCGAAGAUUCCAGAUGUUGUACCUGCUGUAAGUGAUCAGAAGCCAUCUGUGUCAAAGUCUGGACGGAAGAUCAAAGGAAGGGGCACCAUUCGCUAUCACACACCUCCACGGUCGAGAUCCUGCUCAGAGUCUGAGAAUGACAACAGCAGUGAAACUCCUCCUCACUGGAAGGAGGAGAUGCAGAGGCUGAGAGCAUACCGACCACCGAGUGGAGAGAAGUGGAGUAAAGGCGACAAGAACUGUGUGAAGGCAUUGAAAGUGUGCUUCCCAGUGACUUCAUAUCAUGUCCUUGUCUGUAGGUUAAGCGACCCCUCCUCAAGUCGAUGGGAUGAGAGAAGCCUGUCACAGAGAUCUAGGUCUUGGUCCUAUAGUGGAUAUUACUCAGACCUUAGUAUAGCAAGGCACUCCGAUGGUCACCGUAAAAAACACAGAAAGGAAAAAAAAGUGAAGCAUAAAAAGAAAGCCAAAAAGCAGAAACACUAUAGAAGACACAGACAGCCCAAGAAGAGAAGAGUUGUACUGUCUGACAUAGAAUCUUCCAAAUCUUCCACUCGACAGAUGAAGUCCCCCUGUGAUAGAGAACGGAGGUCCCGCUCUUCCUCCUUCUCAUCCCAUCACUCAUCAAAGAGGGCCUGGUCUAAAUCUGACAAAGACGAGCAGAGCUCUUCCACACAUUCCAGCAGGGAUUCCUACAGAUCAAAGUCUCCCUCUCGGUCCUCUUCUAGAGGGAGCUCCAGAUCAAGGACUGCAUCAAAAUCCUCAUCCCAUUCUCAGAGUAGAUCCAAGUCCAGAUCUAGUUCCAAGUCAGGGCACCAAAGGACAGCCUCAAAAUCACCAAGAGGAACAACUUCUCAGUUAAGUGAAAAUAAACCAGUCAAAACAGAAUCUUUAAGAGCUACAGUGCCACAAAAUGAAAACAUAGUGGUACAAUCAGUAGUAACAGAAAAUAUUCCAGUAAUACCACUGAGUGACAGUCCUCCCCCUUCAAGGUGGAAGCCUGGGCAGAAGCCCUGGAAACCCUCCUAUGAGCGAAUUCAGGAAAUGAAAGCUAAAACAACUCAUUUGCUGCCCAUCCAAAGUACUUACAGUUUGGCAAAUGUCAAAGAGACUGGCAGUUCAUCAUCCUACCAUAAAAGAGGAAAAAAUUCAGAAAGUGAUCGGAGUGCUUAUUCAAAAUACAGUGAUAGAAGUUCUGAAAGCUCCCCAAGGUCACGGAGCAGGUCUUCUAGGAGCAGAUCUUACUCUCGAUCCUACACAAGGUCGCGCAGUCGAGCUAGUUCACAUUCUAGGUCCCGGUCUCCAUCCUCUAGGUCUCGUUCACGAGGUAAGUACAGUGACCGUUCCCAGUGCAGUAGGUCAUCUUCAUACACUUCUGUUAGCAGUGCUGAGGAGAGACGGACCAGGAGGACACUGAGAUCCAGUGGGAGAAAAAGUAACACUUCCCAUAAACGGCACAGCAGAAGCUCCGAGAAGACACCAUACAGUAAACAUGCCAAAGGUAAAGACCGGUCUUCACGACAGAGAAGAAGGCGUAGUGAGAACAGGUCAUCCACAGAGUCUUCUACAGACAGUGAGCAGGCAGGUGUGGAGGGCUCCACACAUUCAGCACGGGAAAAAGGGAAGCAGAGCAGAAUGGAGAUAGCGAAUAAUAAACAGGCGAAAGGCAGAGAUGCAGAGAAAACCAAAGCUGAACCGGAAUACUUAGGUUCAAAAAAAAAUUCCAAAGAGAAUCUUUCUGAUCACUUUAGAAAUGGCAGUAAGCCCAAAAGGAAGAAUUAUGCUGGAAGUAAAUGGGACUCUGAGUCAAAUUCAGAACGAGAUGUAACUAAAAACGGUAAGAAGCGUUCCUGGAGGUCUUCUGAUAAGGAGGAAGGGGAGGCUACAUCAGAUUCUGAAUCAGAGGUUAGUGCAGUUCAUACCAAACCCAAGACAAAAUCUCCAGCGAAUGCGUCACUGCCCGACCAUGGGGCCUGGAAAUCCAGCAAGCAGCGGCCCUUGACCUCUGCCUCUGAGGGCUCAGAUUCUAACUCUGAAAACAACAGAGGGAAGCCACAGAAGCACAAACAUUUGUCAAAGGAAAGUCUUAAAAGAGCUCAUACCAAGAAAGUGAAGGAGAAAGGAAAAGGGAAAAAAGACAAGAAGCACAAGCCUCCGAAACGAAAGCAAGCAUUUCACUGGCAGCCUCCACUAGAGUUUGGGGAGGAGGAGGAGGAAGAGGAGGAGACUCACGAAAAGCAAGUCACUCCGGAGUCAAAGGAAGAGAAAGAGCUUUCUGAGAGCAGAAACGACACUCCCCACACUGAGAAAGCCUGUGAUGAAGGCAGGCUCUCAGGUCAGCACAGCACAGUGAGUGCUUCCCCAGCCCUCACUCAGCUGCCCAAAGGUGACAGUAAGCCUGGCACUUGUUCUACGGCUUUAGAGCCUGAGGAUGAGGGGGCUAGUGUGCCCCGAAAUACCCAGCAUGAAGAAGGUACCCCAAAUGGAGCAGAGGGUGUGCUUCAGACAGAUGAUAACAUGGAGAUCUGCACACCUGAGAGGAGCUCCCCAGCAAAGGGAGAGGUGGCGUCCCCUCUGGCUAGUUCAAGGCUAGGCGCCCCACAGAUGAGUGGUGUGGAACCAGACCUGCACAGGGAGGCUCCUGAAGCAGACGGCACGAGAGAGGAAAGCAGCACGAUGGAGAGCAGAGCAGUGGGAGAAAGGGGGAAGCCAGACAGCAGUGCAGCCUGUGGCAGUGAAGGUGCUGGGAAGAGCGAGGCAGCAGGGCGGAGCCAGGGCAGCCUCUUGGAUAACAAAUGGAAGCCUCUGCAGGGUGCGGGGAACCUGUGGGCGUCCCCUGCUUCCACAGCCGGUGCCACGGAGGCAAAGACCCUGGCCGUGGGACCUGAGAUGAAACCCCAAGGCUUAAGGAUAGAAAUCAAAAGCAAAAACAAAGUUCGCCCUGGGUCGCUCUUUGAUGAAGUAAGGAAGACAGCACGCCUAAACCGGAGACCAAGAAAUCAGGAAAGUUCAAGUGACGAGCAGACACCUAGUCGGGACGGUGACAGUCAGUCCAGGAGUCCAAGUAGAUCUCGCAGUAAAUCUGAAACCAAAUCCCGACACAGAACCAGGUCCAUCUCCUACAGUCGCUCCAGAAGCCGCUCGAGAACUUCCACGUCAUCGUAUAGAUCAAGAAGCUACUCCAGAAGCCGGAGCCGAGGAUGGCAGAGCCGAGGCCGCAGCCGCAGCCGAUCCUACCGAAGCUAUGACAGCCACAGGACGUCCAGCAGGAGCAGAUCCAGGAGCAGCUCUUACGACGCCCGCAGCAGGUCCAGCAGGUCCUACACUUACGACAGCUCCUACAGCAGGAGCCGAAGCCGCAGUCGAAGCCAGAGGAGUGACAGUUACCACCGAGGCAGAAGUUACAACAGGUGGUCUAGGAGCUGUGGAUCUUACGGCUCUAACAGUGAAAGUGACCGAAGUUACUCUCAUCACCGGAGCCCCAGUGAAAGCAGCAGAUAUAGUUGAAAAUGACCUUUUUGAUAUAAAUUAUAUUUCGUUGUAAAUAUCUGAUAACUUAAAAGUUUCAGAAACUGAAUGACAGUCUGUUGUACUUACUACUUUGCUGUCAGAGGUGACUUUCAGAGAAAGACACUUCUAGUCACUCCUUUGUAUGAACGUGUAGAGGAGUUUAAGUAUGGAUGUGUCUCUUAGAAAUAUUUUUAUGCCACGUUUUACAGUAGCCAACUAUGGAAUUCUCUUUUUUUUUGAAUCAAGGAAUUGUGAGAUUUAUGUAAGUAUAAUUUGUAAUAUUAUUUUGGGUAGACUUUUUCUCCAUCUCAGUUUCCUUAGAACACAGAUUCCUUUUGCCCGUUUUUCAGGUUUUAGCAUACUUGCUGCCAGAGAGCUGUGUGGAGAACCGCCCAGGGCGGAAGUGCUUGUCCCAGUCCCGCGGCCUUCUCAGAGCAGGCUGCCCGUGGCUGCACUGCUGCCGGCUGGUGGUUGUCCUAAGUUCCUCCACUGCCCUGAGGAGAGCCUGUUGUAUUUGCUUUUCACAGAAGUUUAGGUGGUAGAGAGCACUCCAGUCCAGCUUCUUAUGCCUUGGUGCUUCCUCGGUGCCUUCUGCUGCCGCCUCUUUAGGCAUUAUCCUUUGCUCCAUAGACGAGGAUGAUGUGGGGGAGGUUGUUUUUGUUUUUUUAAUUCACGGGCACCAAAAAUGGUUUCUUCUGCGCUGUCUUCACUUUGAAUGUGGAAGGGACUUCUCUCAAGCAUGGUUUGGGGUCCCCUGGAGCAGUAAGAGUGACCUAGGGGCUUUGUGACCUCCCUGCGCUGGUCUGCUGCACGUGUGCUUCUGGAGGAGAGGAUUGAAGAACGUCCAACAGCAGCACCAGAACGGUAGCUGCCGUCAGCCCACAGACAUUGUGCAGGGCUGGGUUUAACCCUCCAGGGAAGGGGCGUCCCAUGCAAAGGCAGGCUGCUCUGACCAGUGUGCUUUCUCUUUUCUGCUGGGUUCUAGGCCAGCAGAGUGAGCCGGGUGUGACACAGGACACCCAAGGCAGAGCCCAGGGUUCCACAGAGAUCCUGUUCAUGGCUUGGGAUGGUUCUUCUAAAAAUAAGUUAACCUGUAAAAACUGGUGUAAUUUUUUUCUUUAAUCUUUACUUUGAGGUUUUUCCCCAAGUGUACUUAAUCACCUUAGUGCCAAUUUAAUCCAGGUAGGCAGGAGAAAUUCCUGUCAAAAGUCUGGUGCCGCAGUCUGCCCUGCUGCCCUAGGCCUCUGCCUGGGAAGUAGCGGAGACCUCAGUUGUGGGAUCUGACGCCCAGAGGAUGCAGAGGUGACAGUGGAUGCGUUACCGCUGUCCUCCGGGCUGGAGGGAAAGCUCUGUGCUAGAGCUCUCUGGGCUCAGUCCUUAGCACGAGAAGCAAGACAGCAAAGCCAUCACCCGCAGGAGGGACCACUUGUGAUCAGGGCUGGCAGGCACUUGGCUGCCACCGCAGUAGACAACGAUGCAUCAGGGAACAGGACAGAGUCAAAAAUGAAUAUAGAAAGCAGUAGGUAAUUCAUAUGAAGGGUUUUCAGAAGUUGCCUGCAAAGGAGGAUACUGUUUUAAUAUAGCACUUGUUGAGGAAAAAGGCACUCAGAACCUGCAUAGAAACUGCCAAAUCCAGUGGGGUGAAGAAAAGUGACCUGUGGCAGUGUGUUAGCUCUUUGUGGCCAUGUGUGACAGAUGAGCCACCUUAACGGGCACCCAUCUGUUGACUGGGUUCUCUGCUCAUUGUCUCCAAGGCAGAGGGUGGGGGACUGGUGGCGUUGUCCUUUUGGAAGGCCCAGCUUCCGGGCUCAUGCAUCACAGGCAGGCUUGGCACCUUGCUGCUCACCAGCCGACGGCCUCUCCCAAGGCUUCUUGGUAGCUCUGUACCCUGUCUGCAUGGUCCCCUCAUCCCCAAGCCAGCAGUGGCCCCUGGAGUCCCUUGCUCUGAUGCUUCACCUCUCUUUCUCCUAUCUUAAGGGUCCAUGUGAAUUGCAUUAGGCCACAGAGAAGACCCAUCCUAAGGCCAGUUGUGCAUGAGUCUCAUCAGAGUCUCAUUG